GAAACCGCUGCUCGGAGAUCCGAGCCGCAAUCCAGCCGGGCCGGAAGCCCCAGUUCCACUGCUUCCAUAGACUGAACCAGCAGGCUCCAGCAGCCUCACAUGGAAAUACUGUAGGAUCUCACUCAGCCACAUGCUUUAUUUCAGAUUUUGAUUUUAAAUGGGCGUCGCACUCGGCCUUGCACCUUCCCUCCCCGAGUUUUGUGAUUUUAUAAUUUAUUGUUAUGCAAGGAUUUAACAUACCAGCUUGUACAAGACUGCGAUGCCAGUGUUUUGCAUCGUGUUUCUCUUAUGGACUUUCCAUUUCUCCCGCUAAUGGAAAUCGCUGUGAAUUUCUCCCCCCUGACAGAAAAGAUGAUCGGGGGCUUCGUUUUUGGCUGGAGGAGCCUGCGAUCGACUGAAUGCAACACAUAGAUCCGGACGAGAGGAUUAUUAUAUGGGCUGCGUUUGAUUUUCCUGACCUGCUCCCAUCCGGAUUUGGGAUUACUGCGCAUUCUUCGGGAUGGAAGGACGGGAUUUCGCUGCUCCGGCGCACCUCCUCUCGGAGCGGGGCGCCCUGGUGCACCGGGCCGCCUCUCGGAUCGCUCCCUCGGGCCACGGCUCCGUGCAGCACGCCGGUCACUUCCCGCCGGGGAAAUACUACCCCUCACACAUACCAAUGGCUCCCCACUCAGGCAGUGGAUUGAUGGGCAAUUCCUCCGCCUCGUUCAUGGGGACCUUUCUGGCCAGUAGUCUGGGUUCCCCCCCUUCCCACCCGUCUCACCCUUCCCGGCCGCCCUCCUCGCCCUCUUCACCCUCCUUCCGGGGCGGGCCGCACUCCAGCGCCUCGCAAAUCUGGUUCCCCCAUUCACAUGAAGCAGGUCCAGGGUAUCCUCGAUUCUCAGGGAGUCUGGCUCACACGUUCCUUCCAAUGAGCCACUUGGAUCAUCACGCCAACAGUGGAGUUCUCUACGGGCAGCACCGUUUCUACGACACGCAAAAAGAGAACUUCUAUCUUCGAGGCCUCCCAUCCCAGCCACCUCUGAUUUCAGCCAAUCACAGUUUACCGCCGAUGUCCAGGGCCGGCUCAGGACACUCUCAGGGGUCCUGCAGUCGAGACAGGGAUCCGGGAGUCGGCGCCGGCCUCCACAAGGGUCUUAAGGAGGGGUCGGUGGAGAGGGGAGUGGUGUCUGUCAAAGACAAGGAGAGGACCAGUAGCAAACAUGAGGCUAAAGAGAGACAGCAGCAGCAGCAGCAGCAGCAGCAGCACCACAACCACCAGCCGCCCCAGCCCACACACCAUCACCAUUCCCACGCCCAUCAGCAGCACUCGCACUACCCACAGCACCCGCUGCCCCUGGAGGAGGUCAACAGUCGCGCUCUGGAGCGGCACAAGGCCGCCCUCACCAUGGAGUACAGCAAAGAGAAUCCGCAGAGCAUGGCCAAGCCCCUCAGUGCCUGUUUGCACAACGGCAAGAUGCAAAAUGGAGAUGCAGGAACUGGAGCGGCAGCUAAGGUCUCCAUGUCGAGCUGCGGAGGGGAGGGCACGGCUCUCCGGGCCAUGGGGGGCGGGGGGAGCAGCCAGGGUCGACAUAUGGGGUCAAGUGGCAGUAGUCGCUGCACCAAAGAGGGGGUAAGUGGGGAGAUGAGGAUCAGUGAACAACCCUCAGACUGUUUAGAAAGGGGUCAGGCACCACUCCACCACUCUCUGCCCUACUCCGUGCCCCCACCUCUUCACAUGGGUUCUGCUGCCGGAGGGGCGCACCCCCAUCCGCACCCGCACGCGCACCCGCACACACACCCCCAUCCAGGAGGCUUCCAUUGUCUGCAGCUCCACCCCAGCCAUCCGCACCACCCGCACCAUUCCCACCACACACACCACCACCCGGACUUUUUCUGCCCGCCCCCGCCGGCUCCGCUCGCCAACCCGGCCUCACAUGAACGAGGGCCCGUCAAUGUGGGGCGAGACCCGAAAGUCACCGGGCCUACGUUCGUGCCAUCUGUGGCGGACCUAGGGGAUAAAUCCGGUGGUCCAUUCCAGCUUGGUAACCCUGACUGCCAGGGCGUGGGGGGCGGAGGGGGCAGCAGCGCCAAGGACAAGGCGGUAGAAAAGAAUGGCGGCGGGCACCACAGCAGUUGGCACAGAAAACAGGCACAGCAGCAGCAGCAGCAGCAGCAGCAGCAGCAGCAGCAGCAACACCCGUACAGAAAGGCGGAGAAGGCUCCAGACUGGAUGCAGCCACAUCAUCAACACAUGCAGCCGUCGCAGCUUCCUCCGCUCCCUCAGCAGCAGCCGUCGCACCCUCAGCAGCAGCAGCACCAGGUCGUGCGAUCGCGCAGCGCCGAGUGCAUCAACAGCGGCGUGGACAUGGACGCGUUCCGGCCCUCACUGCCCCAGGGGCCCAAGGCGGGGCACUCUGUCCCUCAUUCUGUCAACACUUCUCCCUACAGAGACUGUUCCCAUCCGGGACCCCCGCCCAACUCCUCACCACUCGCAAGUAAAAACAUGGGUCCGCACAGCGGGGGGGCGGGGGCCCCCCACGGUCCUGGAGGCAGCUGCUCCUUGCAGAGAGACGGUCAGAAGGUGGCCAGGAUUCGCCACCAGCAGCACGGCCGACCUGGCCCGGACGCUCUGUCUCCGGCGGAGAUGAACCAGGGCAGCAGCCAGGAACUCAAAAGGAAAAUGGAAAUGUCCCCUUACGGCUACAGCAACAACAGCGGGCAGCAGCACCACCACCAGCAGCCGCUGGUGCCGCCGUGGGCGAUGAGGCCUCCGCAUCACAUGUCGCAGCCCGACGAGGAGCAGAGGAAGUCUUACAUGGAGUUAGGCAGCACUGGUGGGCAGCACUCCCAGCAACAACAACAACAACAACAACAACAACAACAACAACAGCAGCAGCAGCCAGGAAUGAAUCUGCCCCCUCCACAGCCCCCCACUGCACCCCCCCACAGUCAGCAGCAGCAGCAGCAGCAGCAGCAGCAGCAGCAACAACCCGAUCCCCAGGGUCCAACUCAGGGCGAGAGCAGCGCCAUGAAAAGCUUACUAAAGUACAGCAACCAGCAGCAGCCCCUGCUCCUCUCCCAGAAGAGCCCCUUCGGGGGGCUCGGAAAUCUCAAAUCAGGUCCGUCUGGGGGGAGCUGCGCACUGCAGAGCAACAAACAGACUCUCCCUUCCAGGAAGGGCCCGGCCAAUGACGGCGAGCGCCCCGACUACAGUGGGCGGGCGCGGGACAUGGGGGAGGCGGGUCACGGGGAAGGCGAGGUGCGACAGCCGCCGGUGGGAAUCGCCGUGGCGGUGGCGAGACAAAGGGAGCCACCCUGUCGUUCAGCAGACAGCCAUCCCAACAGCCGGCAGGGCAGGGUACAUCCCUCCGUGAAAGGACCGCCUCGCUCCAUGUAUCCCUCAGAUCCCACCGCUGAGGAUGAGAGGAAGAGGAUGAACGAGGAGCAAAUAGGUCUCACCUGCUUGGACAGAGAGAGAGAUGCAUAUAUCAGGGAUAAUAAAGAGAGGGUGGAGUUUGCGAGGAUCCACCCCUCUAACAGCUGUCAUGGAGACCUCACCUCUCAUCUCAUGGUCCCCGGCGGGACGUCGCUCCAGUCCGGCCAGUUAGGAGACCCCGCUGCACAUUCUGCCCACCAUCACUGGAUGCCAAGAACUGGAAGCCCGUCUCUCUGGAUGACAGGACACUCUUAUGCAGGUAUAGGUCAUACAACCCUGCACCAGAAUCUCCCGCCGGGCUUCUCGGCGGCGAUGCCGGGACCUCUGCAGCCAGUCCUGCCCCUGCCCCAGGACCCCUCUGCCCAGCUGGUGGUCCUGCCCUCCGAGCCUCCCGCCCACCCUGCGACCCAUCACCUGGAUGUGAUGGAGCAGCAAGGGCUGUGGCCCCCUGUGUACGGCGCCCGGGGCCCACCCUCCCACAUGCAGCAUCCUGCUGUGUACUCCCGCUCUCAGUUUCUACGGCAACAGGAGCUGUACGCGCUCCAGCAGCAUCAGCAGCUCCAGCAUCAGCACCAGAGCCACCAGUCCCAGCAACCGCAGCUGCAGCCUCAGCCUCAGCAGCAGCAGCAGCAACAGCAGCCUCAGCAACAGCAACAACAACAGCAACAGCAGCAGCAGCAGCAGCAACACAGGGCUGUGCACGGCAUGAGCAUGCAGCAUCAAGCCCCUCACAGUGCACAAAUGCAGAAGAGACCAGAUGAGCCCUCGGUGGAGCUUGAGGAACUCAUUUCAGAACCCAGAACGUCGAAAUCCACCAAAGACUACUCGUAUAACCCCCCUCAGAGGAACGCCUCGCCCCCGGGGGCCUGCACGGCCCACCUGUCGCCUUGCUGUCAGUCCCCUUCGUUGCGGCAGCACCCUAAAAGCACCCCCUCCACGCCCUGCCCGGCGCCCAGCCCCGUGGCGGCGGCGCCCCACUCGCCCGCCAUCAGCCCCGCCCCGCCUCAGAUGCUCAAGGGCGCCGAAUCCCAGGACAAGAGAGGGGAGGGACAACCCCCGCAGGAUUACCCGCAGUCUCUGGAGCCUGACUUGCCUCCUGGAUACACCUACCCCGCCAUCGCCAUGGGCUACAGGAACGGCCCCUCGCCUCAGGAUGUUCGCCUGGCUGAGCCAGCCGACCUGGAAGCGGUCCAGGCGGAGCCUGCAGAGCACGCUCCGCAGUCGCUUGCCAGCCUGAGGGAGGAGCUAGACUGCCAAGUGGCGAUGAGGCCCCUCCCAGAGCCACUCCCACUCAAGGAAGUGGAGCAUGAGGCGGUGGAAGGAGUGCCCGACAGCAUUCUGGAGCAGAGGGAAGAGGUGGAGGUGACGGCGGUGACGGCGGCCAGCUAUGUGUCUGGAGAGCAGGAGGCGGAGGAGCCGGGGCCAGCCGAGGAAGAGGUGCUGGUCUGCCCACCUGCUGAGAGCCCGGUGUGCGAGGCGGCUUCCUGUCCAGUCCCCCUCUCCACAGAGGAGCCCGACGGGCCGGCGGCUGUCAUCACCUUGGAAGAGGAAGACGAUGAGGAGGCGGCGGGGGAGACUCAGAAGGUUAACACGCCCGAAGAGCAGCAGCCAGAGCUGCCGGCCGUCAUCGAGCUGGACCCCGCCACCCCCGCGGCGUCCGAGUCGCAGUCCUUGCCGCCAGAGGCGGCGAACGACGGCGAGCAGCAGCAUGAGAAUGCCGGGGCCUCCGGGGACGCCCCGGUGGACUUCGUGCCUCUCUCCCCGGCCUCCAUGUCCGUCCCGAGCCCGAGCGACGCUGCUGCUGCCGCCGCCGUGCCGCACAAACCUCUUGUGCCCUGCUACUGGAGUCUGGAGCUGCUGAUAGCCGCCGCCUUCUGCACCGACGUACCCCCAUUUCCCCUCUUCCCCUUCAGCGCCCCGUCCGCCGCCCCGUCGCGCUGCAGCCCCCACCAGGGGAUGGAGCUUCUGAGCGAGCUCGCCGACCUGGAGCUGCAGCAGCAGAAGCGCACCUGUGGGAAAAGCCAGGAGGAAGAAUUACUCAUGUUUGACCUUCAAAGCCUUGCUACCUUGGCCGCGGCCCGAGCGCUGGAGCUGGGCUCACAGGAGAGCGGCAGCAUGGGGUCAGGGCGACACUUCCCCGCACGCAGGACCCUCAAUCUGCGUCGGAAAUGCAGCUGGACGCCUCGCAACGAACCAGCGUGCCCGGCCAAAGUGAGCAUGGAAACAAUGGAUGGACCUGAGCUUGCAAUGCGUGUGAAGUUGGCUGAGAUUCAGCGUCGUUACAAAGAGAAGCAGAAAGAGCUGGCAAAGCUUCAGAGGAAACACGAUCAUCAGAAGGAGGAAACACCUCGCAGCCCGGCGCGACGAGGGCCGGGGCGCCCGAGGAAACGGAAACCCACCCUCUCCACAGGUCCCGUAUCCUCAUCGGAUGGCCAAAGAAAAGUCAAGUCGAUGGGGGCGGGGCUGGGCCUGUCGCCAGAUGACCUAGGAGGGGGCGGAGACAGCCAGAGAAGGAAGAAGAGGCUGUCCAGUCGAGGCUUUGACCGACUCGGCAGCACACAGAUAAAAGCACAGGGAUGCAGGAAAAGCAGCCUUCACGGCGUUCUCAGCUCCAAGCUCGCCGGCGACGUGGCGCAACUCAAACAGAAGGCCCAGGUUAAAAAGGCUCUCUCAGGGACGGGCUCCAGGGACAAAGAGCUCUCGCCCUGCAGCUCCAACCCCAAGCACGGUCACAGAAGCCAGGGCGCCAGCAAAGCCGAGUCCCGGCGAGAGUCUGGCGGACAGAGCGAUACAGCAGCCAGCGUGGAAAGUGUCCCUCAAGACGGCUGGAGCGGGCUGGCGCGCCGUGGACGGAAAAAAGGAUCAACCGCCUUGACACAGGGUUCCUCCCACCUGAGCCAGCCCAGGGCGAAGGCCGUCCGCGGCCACCGGCAGGAAACGAUGGAGGAGGAGGAGAGCUCCCCCGUGGAGAGCGACUCCUCUGAUCAAGAAGAUGAAGAAGAGGAAGGCAGUUAUGAUACGGAUGAAGGUCAAGAUUAUAGAGCUCAACAACCCAGAGACAUCACUUCCAGCUCCUCCGUGACUGGUCCGAGUCCCUCGUCUGUCGUAAAACUGGAGGCCAAUCAGAAGGCGAGGAACAAAAAGCAGAGACAAGAGCUUUAUGGCUCCCAGUGUCUUUCCGGAGCGGAGGGGGAAGUCAAAGUGCGGAAGAAGCCCACCUGUAGGCUGAGCUUAGCCACUGCAGGCAAGAACCACCAGAACCAUCAAGCCCAGCGGCCCGAAGGGGUCAGGAGGGCAUGCGGAGCCAGGUCGAAGGAGCCUCGGUGGGGCGGCCUCGGGACCAGAGGCAAUCGAUACAGGAGGAGCAUGGGACUCGCUACCUUCCCCACCACCAGCGAGAGGCUAAAGAGGGCAACCAGGAAGAGUACUAUGCUCAGAGGAGCGAUCAAUAAGAGGAGGAGCUGCUGGUCGGCCGGGGCCAUGUCCACGCCGGGCCAGGAGGGGAGCAGGGGCUGCAGGAACAGGGACCAACAGCCAAAGGGACGGGCUGUGAGCCGUCUGCUGGAGAGCUUCGCGGCCGAUGAAGGCUUUCAGAUGGACGGCAGCAGCUUCUCGGAGGAAGAGGAGGACAGCAGCCGCGGCAGCAAGAGUCCUGAAGUUCCAAACUGCGUGUUGACCAAAGAGCUGUUGACUGAUGGACUGAAGGUGCUGAUUUCCAAGGAGGAUGAGCUUCUGUACGCUGCCAGGGUUCACACUCUGGAGCUGCCCGACAUCUUCAGCAUCGUUAUUGAUGGCGAAAGAGGAAACCGCCCAAGAAUCUAUUCACUGGAGCAACUACUGAAGGAAGCUGUCCUGGAUAUACGUCCAGUAUCUGAGGCUUUGCUCACUGAAGGAACAAGAGUGUGCGCCUACUGGAGCGAGCGCUCUCGCUGCCUGUAUCCGGGCUACGUCCGCAGAGGUGGAUCAUCUGAUGAGGGGAAGCAGGGAGGAGUGAUGGUGGAGUUUGACGACGGAGACCGAGGGAAGAUUUCUCUGCCAAACAUCCGUCUCCUGCCUCCAGGAUACCAGAUCCACUGUGGGGAGUCAUCUCCUGCCCUGCUGGUAUCUAGUGGGACGACGGCCAAGAAAAGUUCCAACCAGGAAUCAACGCCUGUCAAUGACAGAACGACUGACAGACCGAGUGCCACCAACACUGUAACCAACACCCAAAGCCCCCCUGUCAUUAAAAGAAAACCAGGAAGACCAAAGGGCUCUGGAAAAAAACAAAGGCAGCAGCAGGCGGAGAACGCCAGUAAAAAUCAGUCGUCCUUCUUGAGUUGGCCGUCGUUAGCAAACACCAGAAAGAGAACUUCUGACAAUCUGUUUCACUUCAACGGAGCACCCAAGAAGGCUUUGAGAGGGAAAGAGGACGACCUGUUCUCCUCGCCUCAAACCCAGCCGCUCGCCUCCGUUCCCACCAAAGGACUGUUCAGCAGCAGCUCCUUUGAGGUCGACUCCUUCAGAAGCAUCGCGAACGGCUACUCUACCUUCUGUACUCAGUCUGCAGGACCAGGUCAGGGCUUACCACUCGGCCCUAGAAGUGGGAUGUACAACGAGAAGCGGAGGCAGGAUGAGGUCGCUCUACCAAGAGGCAGGAAGUCCGGACAGGAGUUCCUGGUCAAGUUAGAUCAUGAAGGCGUGACCUCGCCGAAGACGAAGAACAGCAAGGCCCUGCUUUUGAGAGGCGGCUCCACCAGCGUGAGCAGCAUGCCCAGGACGGACACGUACUCUCACCCGGUCCUGCUGGUUAAAGACAACAAGAAGGGCGGCGCCUCCAGAGUGGAGCUUCUCCUGAAAGGAGCCACGCCCCAGAGAAAGCCUCCUCCUUCUCUUCAUUUGGGGGAGUAUGGUGAUUUGGGCUUCAGCUCCCACAGAGAUUGCCACAGCUCCUACUCCGAUCUAGAUGACGAUGAAGAGGAAGAAGAAGAAGAGAGGAGGAGGAGGGCGACUUUGACUGCAGCCUCAGGAGGACUAAGGACGGCUGGCCGUUUCCUUUCCCGUCUCUCUGUCUCCUCCUCCUCGUCUGGUUCUUCGAGUUCGUCGUCCUCAGGUUCUCUUUCGAGUUCCAGCCUUUGUUCCUCUGACAAUGAUUCUUCCUACAGCUCAGAGGACGAGGAUAGUUCUACCCUGAUGCUACAGAGCUGCCUCUCCUCUCACCGCGGUCUCCUGCAACCGUCUGAACCUUCCACCUCGUCGAGGCCUCGGCAGCACUCCUUUGUGGCCAAAGCCGUGGCUGUUUCCAAUGCCAAAGGAGGCUCCUCUGACCAGGUUUCCAGCAGCAAGUCACUGAAGAGGAAAGAAUGCAGCAGCUCCAGCUCAAAACCAGUGAAGGACUUUGCAAAGAAACCGCGGAUGCUUCCGGAUGACAGUUCAUUCAUUCCAAGGCCCAAGAUGUCUGCGUUUCUUGCGGGAAGUCAAAUGUGGCGGUGGUCUGGAAACCCCACCCAGAGGCGGGGUCUGAAGGGCAAGGCCAGGAAGCUUUUCUACAAAGCCAUUGUGCGAGGCAGAGACACCGUCAGAGUGGGAGAUUGCGCAGUGUUCCUCUCUGCUGGACGCCCUAAUCUCCCAUAUGUGGGUCAAAUCGAGAACUUCUGGGAAUCCUGGACUUCCAGUAUGGUGGUCAAAGUGAAAUGGUUUUACCAUCCUGAGGAGACGAAGCUUGGCAAGAGGCCUCGAGAUGGAAAACAUGCCCUGUACCAGUCGAGUCACGAGGAUGAAAAUGACGUCCAGACAAUCUCUCAUAAAUGCCAGGUUGUGAGCAGGGAGGAGUAUGAGUGUCUGACUCGCAAUCAGAAACCAAACAGUACCGCCCCAGACCUUUACUACCUGGCCGGGACGUACGAUCCCACCUCUGGUCAGCUGGUCACUACUGAAGGGGUUUCCAUCAUGUGCUGAACCUCCAUGAGGACACUACUGAAGGAUGUCUUUGGAGGGAGAGUAUAAGGUCAAUAAUUCACCUAUGAAUCCGUUCAGCCUUGCAAAAUGACAAAUGUUUCUUGGGUAUGGCCUGAAGGACCCAUGGAAUAAAUAUCCGCACCAGAGCAGGGCUGUCUGAGAUUACACACUGGAGUCUGUUGGUGUCUAACCUUUGUGGAUGUGAGGGAGAUGUCUAUAACUGGUUAAUCAUUUCAUGAAGAAUAGAAUAACGUCUGGGUCUUCCUGGACACCGCGAUUUUUGAUAAGUGGCGUUUAAUUCAUCUUACUAAUGUCUUUUUAAAAGAUACUGUGUGAUCGACAGCUUCGCAGCCUGCCGCUCCUAUCAGAUGUCAUCAAAGCGGAGCUGAAAUCGCAUUGAACUGUGCAAAUGAUCACGAGGCUCAAUGGUCAGCGCGGACCAAUUCUUUUAAGGUAGCCUUACUGGAGGGAAUGGAAAGGAAAGUGAGGCACUGGGAUCUCCCUACACCUCUUCAUUCCAGGGAAGCUGAAAACGUGGUAGAGGACGUUAAGUCGAUGUCUGUAAAUAUUUUUGAACUUUUUCCAAUCAAGCCAUACACUUCAGUACCUCUCACCUGUCUUAACUGUUCAGGUGUACAUUGUACAGUUCAAUUAUUGUAUUGUCUGUUGUCUAUAUGUAUAUAAAAGCUAUUUUAUAUAGAAGUCUAUUGUAUAUAUGAGAUGUAUCUUUCCAUGUUUGCAAUUGAUUUAUUUUUAUAUGGGUGUAGAAUACCUUAUGUUGUGUUUUUUUUUUUUUUUCCUUUUGCUUUUGGGAAGUCAAGAUUGGAGAUAUUAGUGUUGCACUGCAAAUGCCCUGCUGAGACAGACCGAGACAGAGCACAGACAAAGACAGAAGAAUUUUAGUAUAUGACAGGACAAGACUCGCUUUCUUGAAGAGAGGGGUUAUCCUGUUUAAAAAAAAAAAAAGAAAAAGAAAAGAAUAGGUCAAGUGGCUUUUUGUAAAACUGUUCUGUUAAUUCAAGUUUUUGUUAGCAUCGUCUAAAAACACCUUUAUUUAAUGUACGUAGCUCUCAGUUUGUCAUCAUCGCGGGUCAGAAAUGACUUCACAUCUGAGUGUUAACAGUAUGACACAGUAUAAGUGUGCUGAGUGUCCUGGCAUCACUAAAAUCAUUUCCACACAAAUCAAGAACAACAUGAAGAAGUGUUAGGUGUGCGUUGCACUGAUCGGUGCAUCGUUUUAGCACACAAUGGCCUACAGAAUACCAAAGUGUCUUUAAUAUCCUAGUUUCCUUUAUUUAAAAAAAAAAAUUAAGCACCUGUACUGAACUAAAAUCAGAAAUCACUGGUAACAUUUAGAGUAUGUGUCCUCAACUAUGUGCAUAUACAGUAUAUAUAUAUAUCGGCUUUGCAUUGUGACAAUGGGUUCUUGCACAUGUAUCUGCAGUUUUAAGUACGAAAAUAUGCACCGAACGCCACCUGGGAGUGUGACUUUGAAGGUCAAGGUACUGACACAGUAACAUGCCGAGUACUGACGAGUCAUUGGAAUUCAUUCUUAGUUUCCCUCGCCAUCUGUGUCUGUUUUGUACAUUGCAAACAUACUCAAUGCUAACUGUGAAGGACAAUCAGAUUCACAAAGCAAUGGACAUAGUGUAGGUUCACUCCGGAAAUUGACUUAAGUUUUAUUUAAUUUGUGCCAAGUACAUUCUCUCUAUUUUUUUUUGUCUUGUUUGAUAUGCAAUCCUGAGUAUUUUUUUGUUCAUAAAGUUUUAUUUUGUUUGCCAACAUUUUAUUUAUUGUCAACGUUGCUGUUUGUUCAUGCCAAGAGCGCUUUAUGAGAAUGUGACAUUGUUCUUUCUUUUUGUUGGUUUUUUUUUGUUUUGUUUUUUUAUUAUUGGUGUGAUGUCACAUUUGCAUUUCUUAAAUAAAACUGGUCUUGUAGAGGCCAUCUAGUGAAAAGAAAUAAAGCAACACUGGAUUCUUCUCAUCCACAAA